CAGAGGAUUUUCCUGCCAUUAAAUGAUAGCUUGUGAGAAAAAAAUGCCAACUUUUCAGAGGCUGACUUGUAGGGCUAAUGGCAGCCUCAUGAGCAGGAGGGAGGACACAGCCACUGCCUGGCUAGAUGAUAGGAACCUACCCUUUACAUGUCUGGGGUGAAGAAUGUGGAUGAGCUUGUGAAAAGGUGUAGCACAAAGCUGCAGGAUUUCCUGAGAAGGUCAGUGGUCGAAGAAAGACACCAGGAAGGUGCUGGGGACUUCUUCAGUUUGAAAGCAUGUGGGAGUGGAGCUUUUGCCUUGCUCUUCUUUUCUAAACAUAGACCUUAUUUUGGGAAAAUGAUGUAGAGAAAUGACAGAGGAUGAAACCUGUCUCUGGUCUUCCUGUGUGCUUUUAGAUCCCUCAAGUUCACUUGCCAGACCUGAAAUGCCACUAGUGAAUAAUCAAGUGAUCCUCUGGGUCCCCCACGUCCAGGCGGUGUGGGCCUGUGUGCGGUCCUGCCCUGCGAACUGCGUGUGCACUCAGGAGCGGAGCUGCUCUGUCCUCUGCAAUCACGCUGGUCUGGGGCAGAUCCCUAGCGAGUUCCCUUGUGAAGCCUCGUAUAUCAACCUGGACAAAAACAGUAUCAAGUUCCUCUCCGAGAGGGCCUUUGGGACCUUGCCUUCCCUCAAAUCCCUGUCACUCAACCACAACAAUAUCUCCUUUAUCACCCCGGGGGCUUUCAAGGGACUGCCCAGCUUGACCGAGCUGAAGAUGGCCCACAACGAGUACAUUCGCUAUCUCCACACACGGACUUUCACUGCCCUCAGACGGCUGGUCAAGCUGGACCUGGCGGACUGCAAUCUUUUCAAUAUCCCGGACAGGAUCUUUAUUGAGCUGCCUGCUCUGCAGGAGCUCUUCUGCUUCCAGAACAACUUCCGGAGGAUCCCAGGUGCCAUCAGGGGCAUGGAGAACCUGACCCGCGUUUACCUGGAGAGAAACAGGAUUGAAGCAGUAGCCUAUAACUCCCUGCAGGGCCUGACCAAGCUGAAAUACCUGAAUCUGCAGGACAACAGGAUAAAUGUCAUUCAUGAACGAGCUUUUCAGGGCUGCCAGAAGAUGGAGUAUCUGUACCUGAAUGACAAUUUGAUCAGCGAGCUUCCAGAAAACUCCUUUGAUGGUCUGAGGUGCCUGAAGAUGCUCAACUUGGGGGGAAAUUUCCUCAGGAAUGUUUCCAACACCUGGUUCAGGGACCUAGGGGAGCUGGAGGUCCUCUACCUGGACCGCAACAGGAUCAGCUACAUUGAGGAAGGGGCUUUUGAAAACCUCACCAGCCUGGUUGCAUUACACCUGAACAGCAACAACCUGACGACGCUGCCCUUUUCUGUCUUCCAGCCGGUGUACUUCCUUGGGCGGCUGUACCUCUUCCGCAACCCCUGGGAAUGCGACUGCCGCAUCCAGUGGCUGAAGGAGUGGAUGGAGAACUACAAGCUUGUCAGGGAUAUUCCCUGUGCCUCCCCCUCCUCAGUAGCUGGGAUUGACCUGAUGGACGUGUUUUAUGAGAGAUCACCAGAAGGUUACUGUCUUGACCCGGUGGAGCUAAAUGUCACAUCCGAAGGUCCGACCCCAAGUGAAGAGCCUUGGUCUACCACAGAGAGCAAGUUCAACAGCCUUAUCUCCAAACUCUUGCUCCAGAUGGGCCUUCCCGAAGAGGUGACAAACACCACUGAAGUCUACAGUAACGCCACGCAGAUGGAUGGACUGAUGGAUGGGGUUUCUUCUGGGGUGGGGAAGGACUGUAUUGAGGCUGUCUUGUUUUUUUACCUCCCAGCACUUUUUACAGUGAUUAUUUUGCAGCACAAAUAGUCCAAGGGCUGCCUGGUGCAUGGGUCCUGCUUAAGCAUUUAAUCCCUGUACCUACCUAGUCUUUAGGGAAAAGUUAGUAUUGUGGGCCUAGCAUACAUAUCUGGCUCCAAACUCUCCCAGGUUGUAUUGGUUGGAUCUGGCUCCAGAUUCCCGUGAGAGCUGGCGGGAUCUGGUUCAAGAUUGGGUCUCACUCCAGGUGAGAAACCUACCCAGUGGGGUUUCAGAGCCUCCUGGACACUGGCAGAGCUGUGUGGAAUAUGAGCAAUGAAAGAAUGGCAGUAGGGUUGAGGUUUGGUUGGAAACAUGAGAUGUCCCUUGAUGGGAGCAGAGAGAAUGGGGGUCUGUACGGGUGGCAGUGCAGUGCCGUUUAUUCCGUUGGGCCAAAUCUGGUUGACCCAACCACUGACUGUAUGAGAGCAAGACAAGGCAGCAAAACCAGAACCCCUCUUCAUAUCCUGACAGACACCCACAGCCAUGGUGGGUGCUGCUGAAGGCUGGUGAGCUAUUCCUGAUUUCCACCAGUGUGUGUGGGGGCAGCAGGGCUGUCCUGGGCAGCAUCCAGGGUUGCAGCACUAGCCCUCAUAAACAGGAGAACAGCAUCUGGGGAGGGCACCUUCCCCAGGUGGGUCUGGGACAGGCACAGUGUUUUGGCCAUGACUACAGACAGGAUUUUGAUCCUUUCUCCCCCCUGCUACCCUGGCACAGGUGCAGGAGAACCAGAUGGACCCAUGUUUGUCAAAAAUUCUCUCAGAGGAAAAGCUGUUUCAGUGUGACAGCUUACUUGCUAACAUCUGUUUCAAAUGUGGUUUUAUUUUUCAAUUAAUAUAUUGUUUCAAAGAAUAUAUUGUCUUUAUUUGUAGGUUAUUUCAUGGCAUGACAGCAGGAGCAGAACAUUAUGAUGGCAAAUGCAACCAGGCUCAACUACAUAUUUUGUAUUUCCACCAUUAAUGUGUACUACAUAGUGUGUCAUAUUAUGCUGUACUAACCAACUAUGCCGUCAUUUUCUUUUAUAUGAUAUCUUACAUGUUUUAUCUUUGAAAUCUUCAGUGAAAGCUGCUACUGUGACCAGAGAGACUUAUUGUGUUUUCUCUAUAAGAGUACAUUAAUAAAAUAAUUUGAUAUUAUUCUCUGAAAAAUAAAUUAACUGCUCAAAACCCAAUUUUUCUUGAGCUCCUUGAAUUACUCGGCUGCUUUUUUUUUUUUGUAGGCUACUCAAAUGGGUACACAUGAAUGUCCUUUUUAUGGUCUAGAGCAAAUGGCAAGCUAUUUAUUGCAGCAUAAAGAAUAGACACUUUUACUUAGAACACGACUGUGCUUACAUUUGUAUUAAGUAGCAAUGCUUUAAAAAAUGUGUGAUUAUAUAGAAAUACAGUUCUGUGAUAUUUUAAUUAUAUUAAUUCAUUAUACAUGGGUUAUCGUACUAUGGUGUACAUGUUCAUAUGAAAUGAUACAACAUACACGAUCUUUCAUUACUGCUAAAACAUAAUGAAAUAGGAAUAAAAAU